GACGGGAGCAAUUAACUCACCCGCCACCGAAAGCACUUCUAUUUCAACAGCAGAGCCCCGUAUCAACAGCAGCGAAUCUACUUUAAACAUACCUAGACCUUCUGCUGCUUCAGAGCCGGUUACAGAAAACAAUACUACUUCAGAAGCGGUUACAGAAGAUGUUGCUGCUUCAGAGCCGGUUACAGAAGGCAAAGUCAAUACUACUUCAGAAGCGGUUACAGAAGACGAAGCUACUUCAGAGCCGGUUACAGAAGAUGCCGCUGCUUCAGAAGCGGUUACAGAAGAUGUUGCUGCUUCAGAAGCGGUUACAGAAAAUAAUACUACUUCAGAAUCGGUUACAGAAAAUAAUACUACUUCAAAAGCGGUUACAGAAGACGAAGCUGCUUCAGAGCCGGUUACAGAAGACGAAGCUGCUUCAGAGCCGGUUACAGAAGACGAAGCUGCUUCAGAAGCGGUUACAGAAAAUAAUACUGCUUCAGAGCCGGUUACAGAAGGCGAAGCCGCUUCAGAGCCGGUUACAGAAGACGAAGCCGUCUCAAAAGCGGUUACAGAAGAUGUCGCUAUUUCAGAGCCGGUUACAGAAAACAAUACUACUUCAGAAGCGGCUACAGAAGAUGUCGCUGCUUCAGAGCCGGUUACAGAAAAUAAUACUACUUUAGAGCCGGUUACAGAAGACGAAGCUGCUAUAAAGGAUAAAGUCACUACGGAAGCUGACCCUCAGACGGAGAAUAUCAAUCCAAAACACAAAAUCCACAUGGCGAGCAAUCCAAAUAUGCAGGCUAAUCCAGAACUAUCG